UAGUUGUCGCGAUACCGCCACAUUGCAGUGUCCUGUGUCUCUCCGAUCAAUGGCGGGAGGUAAAAUCAGGAAGGAGAAAGGCAAGCCACAGCAACAGCACACGCCGUACCAAGGCGGUAUAUCAUUUCACAAAUCGAAGGGUCAGCAUAUCCUCAAGAACCCUUUGCUGGUGGAUUCCAUAGUCCAGAAAUCUGGCAUCAAAAGCACCGAUGUCAUCCUCGAAAUCGGUCCUGGGACCGGAAAUCUUACGAAGAAGUUAUUGGAAGCUGGAAAGAUGGUAAUUGCUGUUGAGAUUGAUCCUCGUAUGGUUCUCGAGCUUCAAAGACGAUUCCAGGGUACCCCUUACUCCAGCCGCCUUAAGGUUAUGCAAGGCGACGUGCUUAAGACUGAACUUCCCUAUUUUGACAUAUGUGUGGCAAACAUUCCAUAUCAAAUAUCUUCGCCGCUCACAUUCAAGUUACUCAACCACCAACCUGCAUUUAGGUGUGCAAUUAUUAUGUUUCAGAGAGAAUUUGCCAUGAGACUGGUUGCUCAGCCUGGUGACAAGCUCUAUUGUCGUCUCACUGUGAAUACUCAACUCCUUGCUCGAGUCUCCCACCUCCUCAAAGUUGGAAAAAACAAUUUCCGACCUCCCCCAAAGGUUGAUUCCUCCGUAGUGCGAAUUGAGCCGAGGAAACCUCGCAUUGAAGUUAAGCAGAAGGAAUGGGACGGAUUUUUGCGUAUUUGUUUUAAUAGAAAGAACAAGACACUUGGUUCAAUUUUUAGGCAGAAGAAUGUGAUCUCCUUGCUGGAAAAGAACUACAAGACUGUGCAAUCACUAAAACUCUCACAAGAAGGUUUAACAGAGCAAAACGAUAUGAAAAUGGACUUCUCUGGUUUUGGCAACUCCACGGAAGAUCAAGGCAUGGGAAUGGAUAAUGGAUUAGAUGAAGAUGAUGAAAUGGAGAUCGAAGGUGGGGACGGUGAUGCUGAAGAAGUGCAAUCUGAAUUUAAGGACAAGGUUAUGGGUGUUCUAAAAGAGGGAGAUUUUGAAGAGAAGAGGUCAUCCAAGCUCAGUCUGCAGGAAUUCCUAUAUUUGCUUUCUUUAUUCAACAAAGCUGGCAUACACUUCUCCUGAUUUUGGAGUCUUUUUAGUAAUUUUUGUCUAAUUCUAUCCCAAAAUUUUGAGCUUGUUUCUUCUUAAAAUUUGAAUCUUGAGUGAGAGUGGAGUAGCAUCAAAAUAGCGUGAGCAGUAUCCAGGUUCCUCAAUGAUCAUGCAGAUGUAAUAUAUAGCAAUUUUGAUUAGAUGUUGCCCUUCAGGAGUUUCUUAUAUUUAUUUAGCUCUUGACAAGUUUUCCUUGAAUA